GGCGGUGAGCGAGGUGGAGGACGAGGGGCAGGGAGCGGGGGACCACUGCCGCUCGUCUCGAAAAAAGAAGGUAAAAAGAAAAGGGGGUGGAAGCGCCGAGAGACGCGGCAUGCGCUCUCACGUGCGAGUAGGAACGAGACGGAGAAUGCGUACACAUCGAUGGGGCGAGUAGGGGGAGAGCGAAGCACGGCGCGUUUGUUAAAGCUUCCGCGGUUGUGGGUUCGGCCUUCAUCCGAGAGAUUGCGCUGAGGUCGCAACUGGCUGGCGGCUCGCUCGCCCGCUCGCUCGCUCGCUCUGACGACUGGCAGAGCAGAGCAGAGCAGAGCAAGUUGGCUUGUCGCUCAGUUUGGCUCGGCGAGGCCAGCGAGAAGGAGAGAAUCUCUCGUGCGGGGGGCUCCCCAUUCAGCACUGUAUACGUUCUCGAGGGCAACAUAGCACAUGCGUGUCGUUGUAAGCUCGCUCGCUCGCUCGCGAAUGCGCCAGGAAGGAACGCACUUGCUCUGCCUCGUCACACCCAGUGCCCUGCUACCUGCGCCGCAGGCUUGCCGACCAAGGAGCAUCGGACGACCAAAAAAAAGUGAAAUCGCGACCGAGGGCCGAGCGGCCGUAGGGAGGAAAAAAAAUUUUUUUCUCGCCGAUCCCUUGACCGCCCAUCGUCGCGGGUGAAUAAGAACCCUUUGCUCAAGCUGUGCUGCGUUCGACGACCAAUUGUAUUGAGUGAGAGGUGAUGAUGAUCGGUGUUGAGCUGGGGACUCGUGUACCCGGCGCGUGAAAAUAGAAAGCUCACCGUGGAGAGAAAGACGGACACGAGAGAACAGUGAGAGGGCGACAAAAAGUUGUUGAAAUUUCGGUUGUGCUACUGUGAGAGAGAUAUUUUUGCGGCGCAUUUCGUCCUUCGCUGCAAACUUGGAAAGUGUGCUAUUAGUGCGCGUCUUGCGAAUUUCUAUUGAUUUUUUUCUAACGCUCGUCUGACAGCCGGUGCGUCAUCGAUACAGCCACACACAUACACGCAAACAUUGACAGACUAGUACAUGUGAAGCAGUGAUAAAGGCACAGCUAGCUAAAGUGAGUUUUCCGUUUCUUUCUGGUUUCAUCGUCUCUUCUUGAACGCAAUCAACAAAUAUCCCAUCCAUGGAUCUAACACACCUGGACUCGACAACGUGCUCAACCUAAUCCCAAAAUCCAACCAUCAACCUUGACGACAACGGACAAGCACGUCAACAUCAACAAUCAUCGUCAUCGCGAAAAUCUGCGGCACGUGGGUGCUGGUCUGCCGGCCACGAUCCUCGUCGCACGGCAUCCGUCAUCGUUAUCACGGUGCGCCUCGCGCGUCCGCUUUAUCUUUCUCUCUAUCUCUGUCGGCUGCCCCUUCCACACCUACCCUCCGCCGCCGCUAAUCCCUACUCUUCUUUUUCUCUCUCGCUCGCUCUCGGCUCUGCUGUAUACGGCGCUCUGCCGCGCUCGCUCGGCAUUCCGGGACUCCCCACCACGGACCGCGCUCACCUCGUGCUCCUACUCUCUCUCUCGCACUCGGUCCUGCUGUCGCUCCUGCUGUCGCUCCUGCUGUCGCUCCCGCUCGACCCCCCGAUGACGCUCGCCUGAACGUCGUCGCCUCGAACACCCGUGCGGCUCGUGAGCGCGCGCGCGCGCGUGUCGCCGACGAUUCCGCAACGACUGGCCGAACGAUUCUCGGCGUCGCUCGCCAACCGACACUCGGUGGAACCGCUGGCGCCCAACGACCCGACCACCGCGCGCGCCUAAACAAUCGCGAUUUGCACCAUCGCCGAUCACGUGGCUUGCUCGACGGCGACGCUGUACGACAAUGUGCACGCCGUGCCGCUAUGCGGCUCCGGCGUGGCUCACCCUGCCUCCGUCACGCCGAUGGGGACAGUCACCGGAGCGGGGAAUUCCACCGGGUUGACCUGGUGGAACAUGAUGAACAGUGUGCCUUACGAGGACAGUCCGCCGCCACCCGUAGCCCCCGCGUCCUCGCUCGUGUCGCUGCAGCAGCAGCAGCAGCAGACGACCAGCGGCACCCAGCAGGCGUCCACGCCCACCUCGCCGGGCGCACCGUCGUCGGCGGCGACCUCGCAGCAGACGGCGCCCACCUCGUCCACGUCGCCGAGCGCCUCGAGCGUGGCCAGCAACAGCGCCACCGGGCCGCUGCACAUACCCGCCAAGCGGCUGACCGCCACGCCGGUGGGCCAGCAGCAGAGCGCCGGCUCGACCUACGCGGACGUGGGCUGCGGCAGCCUCGCGCCGCAGCAGCAGCAGCAGCCGAGCGAGCCCAACGGCGGCGUCAUACGGCACUCGCACUCCACGGGCUCCAGUCAGGGCGGCUGGGCCGGCUACAGUCCGCACCAAGACUCGCAGUACCCGCCGCCGCCCGAGCACCAGCAGCAGCUCGGCCAGCAGCAGCAGCACCACCAGCCCUACGCCAGCACGCCGACGUACUACACCAACCUGGCGAGCGAACCGGCGAGCGGGCCCAACACGCCGCAGGCGAGCUCGCGCGGCGACCAGCGCAAGGGCGCCUCCACGCUGAGCUUCUGGUCCCCGGCGGCGGCCUCGAGCGGGGCCGCCGCCGCCGCGGCCGCGGCCGCCGCGGCAGCCAACGCCGACUACAAGCCCGAGUACAAGUACAACCCCGCGGCGGCGGGCGGCAUCGUCACCACCAGCUCCAGCACCAGCGGCGCUACGGCCGACCCGGCGGUCAGCUGCCACCAGAGCAGCUUCUCCAACAGCUGGUGCAACUACCCGCCCUACACCAGCGCCAGGCACCACCACAGCGCGGUCGACAGCGCCGCGGCCGCCGCGGCGGCGCACCACCACGCGCACUCCCAGGCCGCCGGUGUGCCCUACCUCACGCCCUCGGCCGCCGACGACCGGGGCCGCGUGGCCGCGGCCAUGGUGGCCGAGGCGGCCUUCCCGCACGACGGCUACGGCGGGCUCAGGAACUACGGGGCGCCUGAACCGGUCACGUCCAGCCCUUAUCCGCCUACAGUGAUGUGGGGUUCCUCCCCAUCUUCCUUGUUUUCGACAGGCUCGCUAGGUGUCGGCGUGGGAGUUGGCGUGCCAGGCAUGGGAGUCAGCGGCACGAAUCCAUUGGAAUGGACAGGCCAAGUGACGGUGCGCAAGAAGCGCAAACCAUACUCCAAGUAUCAGACGCUCGAGUUGGAGAAAGAAUUUCUGUUCAACGCCUACGUCUCCAAGCAAAAGCGCUGGGAAUUGGCGCGCAAUCUCAACCUGACCGAGCGUCAGGUGAAAAUCUGGUUUCAAAAUCGUCGCAUGAAGAACAAAAAGAACAGCCAGCGCCAGGCUCAACAGCAGAAUAAUAACAACAACAGCCAAGCCAACAACGCGAAUCACCACGGAGCCGGUCAUCAUCACGCAGUGGCGGCGAGCGUACACCACGUGCAAGCUCACCAUGCCAAUGGCUCGGCCAAACAUCACCAUCAGUGACCCGUGAUGUUCUCUGGGGUUGCGUUCGGUCAACCACCCCAGGUUUCUGCUAGCAGCUCGGCCUCGUCAUCCUCGCAGCAGCAUCAUCAUCACCAACACGUCCAGCUGCACCAGAACCACGGACUGGCGGCUUAAAGGCGAACGCGGCGUCCAGAGAUUCCUUCUUUUUACUUGUUUGCGUGUAAAUAUAUACCGGGAAUAAUUGACAGAGCGAAAAUUAACGCGAUAUCACGUGCGAGACUAUCGACGCGGGGACGAAGUGUGCAAAAAUCGUCGCGCUCGUUGUUUAGUCUCCCCCCUGCCCCCCACCACCCCUGCCCCCCGAGCGUGCCCUAUUCAACUGUUUUAAAUGCCCCGCAAAAACGAGUUUUCUACAUUAUAGACGUACGCCGAUUUUUGUUUGGUUCGGUUGUUUUACUUUUGUCUCCGCAUCGUGUGGUACUUAAGGGCCGCGAGCGCGAUCAUCCCUUUCUGUCUUUAUCUGUCUGUAAGUCUGUGUAGGAUAAAAAGGAAAUGCCCUCUUUUCUCACUUCUUGGUCUCUGCGGCCCGGGCUCUCUUGGAGAGAGAUCGAACGAGAGACUUGAACCGCGCCAGAGUAGAGAGUACGUUUAGUCUAAUGAUGCAAAUAGUUGUCGAAUAGUCGUGCGUGUGUAUGAGAGCGUGCGUGCAAGUGUCGAGUUGCGAUGCAACGUUGUACAGGAAUGCCUGUUUCACGUGAUAUAUACAUAUUAUAUAUUAUUAAUUAUAUGCGUAUAUAAAUAUAAAUAAAUAAAUAAAUAAAUAAAUAAAUAUAGAUUAUAUAUGAGGAAGACAAAUUAAAGAAAAAAAAUGAUGCGUGUGGAGAGACGCGGCACAAUUGUCUGACAAGGACGCGCGCGUCGCGAGCAAUCAUCUGUCCAAUUCGUUGAAAACUCGAUAUAUAGUAUUCUCUCUCCAUCUCUUUCUAUUAUCUCGCGACUUCCUCUCCACUUUCGCGCCGCCUACUCUAUAAUAAUUACACUCGAGAGUUGAGAGGAGAGAGUCAGAAUUUCGAAAAUUGCGAUACACUUGGAGGAAAACAAACUGAUAUUCAAUAAAAAAAUACAAUUCUUAGCCUAAUUAGUGUCACUUAGUGCGUCUUCGAAUACCUUAAAUACUUCUAGCCCAGUGUAUAUUCAUUAUGUUGUCCUAUAGCUCCCGUGUGCGUGUCAGAAUAGCUGCCCCCUUUUGCAUUCUUCAUGUUCUCUUUUUUUAUCACCUCCAUUAAAAUUUUAUUCCUUCGCUAUACUUGCAGGCUGGAUGGAUGUGAUUUCGUGUGACGACUUGACGGAAAACAGGUAACUGUUCUAACAUUAAACGAUUUCGAUUUUAAUUGAUUAUCUAUAAUAUAGCAUUUCUUCGUACUCAGUCAUAUUUAUUUCCUCAAGAACAGUAACGUUAACUUAUUUGCUUGCAUUCUAAUCACACAAAAUUUACACGAAUCUUUCAUUCAGUCUCGCGAGCGAAGUGUUUUCUAGACGUAUUUCGAUAGUAGACGGCAUAAAAAGCAAAAAGUUUGUAGUUACACUAUUUAGCAUAAGCUCAUUAAUGAAAAAAAAGGAAAUACGAGAAUUAGCUUUUCAAGAGAAAAAUAUGUCAAAACUUCGUACUCAACGCCUACCAAAUGGAUUGCAACUGUCCUAGCUAUAAUUCUUAAUUGUACGUAAAGAGAAAUUAAACGAAUUACGCACAUAAAACAUUAGUUUGAAAUCAAUCAAAAAAGUGUGGGCGAGAGCGUGAUUUACAUUGGUCGCGGUGACCAAAAAUUUGUUUAAACGACUUUUUUUAUAUUUGAUGUUGUUGAUUCUGAUGUCGACAUUUAACGCUGAUUAUCAGAAGCCAAUUUCGCUUAGCACAUGAUUAGUGAAAAUAAAGUAUUAAGCUUUGUAUUUUGAUUUGAUGCGUCUUCGAUUUGGUAAGCUAAAAUGAAAGAAAAAAAUUGACAUCCAUAAAAGUGAAAACUUGAGCUCACUCAAGUGAGCAAGCAAUCCAAAUCCACUCGUUAAAAGAGUCGAUCGGAGUUAGGGUGUAUAGGUAGUAACCGAAGGUUCGUUGCGAGAUUUCUCGGUGAUUCUCUACUGUCUUAUUUCGUAUUUAUGCGCGCGCGUCUGAUUUUGCGAGUCUGUAUACACAAACGAUGAAAAUAAGAGAAAAAGUUAUUGAAUUUUUAAUCGUUGAACGUAUAAAAGAGCAUGUCAGUGAAUAAAACAUUCGCGUCGAAUAAUUGGACUGAAGAUUAACAUUAACUGUAAUACUUUUUGAUUCGAUGACGAUAAGUAAAAGGUUUGUUUAUUCACUGACAUGCUGAGCAAUUUACCAAGCGAGUGUGACUAGUGCGAUAAAAUAAAUAAUGCUAUCAUGCAAUCAAUAAGAUGGUAGGGUCGAACUGAUUAUCAAGUGCGGCCCGUGAAACUGGGUCUGAAUAAAUGUAUAGUUCUGUCACAGUAUAUGCUAGUUAUUCUGUAACGAUGAUAAUAUGAUAUUAUAUAAGUAAUACAAAAGACAAAGAAUGAAUAAGUUUUUUUCCGAGUAAACAAAUAUUGUGGUAAUGAGAUUAAAAAGUAAAACAAUGAAAAACUAAAGCAAAAUUCAGUUGCGACUCAGUCAUCGCGUCAGCUAAGCUUUUCGGUGAAAGUUGUAAUUAUUAAUACAUUUUUAUGUCGAGGACGUGAUGUUUUAUGAUGAUUAUUAAGGUUAUGACUAUUAUAUUAUUAUCAUUAUAUAUUAUUAUUGUGAGCGUCACGUUAAUAUUAUGUUAUUGUUUUUAUUGUGUGUUGUUUUGUAUGUAUCAGCCAACAAUGAUAAUAUUAUUAUGACGAUAAAAAAAUGAUUCACUCAUAAAGAAAAAAUUCAUGGUGUUAUUAAAUGUGUAUAUUAUCUUUGAAUUCCGUUGCUGUAGAUAUCUUCACGUUGACGAAUUGCCGUAUGAUUUUCUAAGCAAUUAUACGUCCAAUUUCCCACUUCUUCCCCUUUCACCUCGUUGUUGUUCAUUAUACACAUUAAAAUACAUUAGAUUGGAAAACUUUAUUUGUUUUCGUUUUGAUUUCUAGAGUAAAAAAUCAAACUUUGUGGGGAGAGAGAGAGAGAGAGAGAGAGAGAAAGAGAGAGAAAACGAGGAAAAGAAAUACUGAAAAGUUCGAAUCGAUUAGCUUCAAAGUAUAUUUGCACAAGUUUGAAUUUGGGUCGUGAUCUCAUUCGCGUAUUUAGAAAACUAUGACGUGUACACGGCGCGCGUUGCACAGACAGUCCCGCGCGAACUUGAAAAAGCAAAGCAGCACAGAACGACGCUUGAAAAAAAAUGAGUAAAAACAUGAAAAUAAUUGCAUUUUAACCUUGGGAUUCUUCUUUCUCAUAAUGGCUGUUAAUGCAAUUUUAAAAGUAUUUUACAACGAGAAAACGAAUUAUUAUAGUCGAUGUGUUUUUGAAUUUUUGAAAGAAAAGUUAAAAUAAUUGUUUAUGUCGUAAAGUGCAAUAAAGAAGUUUUUCAUAGUGCCAAAGCAAAAUCGAAGUCUACGAUUUCAGUUUAGCUAUUAUCCUUAUUAUACGAGUAGAUGGUAGAGAGCUAAGCAAGAAAUAAAGACAAGAAAAGCUCAUUCUAUAAGAUAAACGUUGAAAAUUUCUCGUAGCGGUAUUGCUAUAUUAUCGUGUAUAUUCAAAAAAAAAAAGGUUUCUAAAGCGACAAUUUUCGUUUUAUAUGACGAUGAAUAAAAUUAUCAUAAAAGACAUAAGAAAACAAAACUAAAAAUGCUUAUUCCACUUAAUGAAACCACGUACGACUGCUCAAUUUAUGUAUUAUAACAAAUGUAUGUGCGCUCUGUAAAUAAAGGCAUGUCUUA